ACGACGACGGUGGCGUCGGCCGCCCCCGGGGGCGGCGUCGGCGUCGGUGUGACGGCGGCGCCCAGUAUGAGUCCGUUGCUGCCCAGUUUCGGCUUCACGCAGGAGCAGGUGGCGUGCGUGUGCGAGGUGCUGCAGCAGUCGGGCAACAUCGAGCGCCUCGGCCGCUUCCUCUGGUCGCUGCCGGCCUGCGACAAGCUGCACAAGCACGAGAGCGUGCUCAAGGCCAAGGCCAUCGUCGCCUUCCACCGCGGCAACUUCAAGGAGCUGUACCGCAUUCUCGAGUCGCACCAGUUCUCGCCGCACAACCACCCCAAGCUGCAGGCGCUCUGGCUGAAGGCGCACUACGUCGAGGCGGAGAAGCUGCGCGGCCGGCCCCUGGGCGCCGUCGGCAAGUACCGCGUGCGUCGCAAGUUCCCGCUGCCGCGCACCAUCUGGGAUGGCGAGGAGACGAGCUACUGCUUCAAAGAGAAGUCCCGCUCCGUGCUGCGCGAGUGGUACACGCACAACCCGUACCCCAGCCCGCGCGAGAAGCGCGAGCUCGCCGAGGCCACGGGGCUCACCACCACGCAGGUCUCCAACUGGUUCAAGAACCGCCGGCAGCGCGACCGCGCCGCCGAGCAGAAGGACGGGUCCGGACGGUCUGGAGGUGAAGGCGACAAGGCGGGGGCGGCAGGCCCCAGCUCGGCGCUGGACUCCAGCUCGGAGUCUGCAGACGGCGACCACAAGCCGCCCGCGGGGCUGGACCAGCAGCAGCAGCCUCCCGGCAUUCCCACGCAGGAGACGGCGCACCACGGCGCGGAGCUGUACCCGAGCGCCGCAGCGAGCGGGGGUGGAAGCGGCGGCGGCGCGGGGGCGGUGGACCUGAAGCCGUCGGUGGCGAGCCUGCAGGCGACCGUCAUGUCGAACGCGACGCUGGCCGCCGCGGCCGCCGCCUCCGCCUACCAGUCG